AUGAUAACUGAGAAAGAUGUCGAACUCAACUGCUUCACUCCGAGAGAUUACCAGGUUGAACUUCUUGAUAAGGCUUGCAAGCGCAAUGUUAUCGUUCAACUCGGUACAGGAGCCGGAAAGACAUUCAUAGCUGUUCUGCUGCUGAAGGAAUAUGGACUCCAAAUUAUGGCACCGUUCGAAAGCGGGGGCAAACGGGCGUUUUUUGUGGUUGACAAAGUAGCUCUCGUGGACCAGCAAGCUGAGCACAUACAAUGUCAUACUACACUCACCGUUGGAAGAAUGCAUGGCAGUUUGAACAGCGAUGUCUGGAACAAGCAGAGCGGAUUCGACGAGUUCAUGUCUGUACAUAAUGUAGUGGUCAUUACCGCUCAGGUGUUCCUUGAUCUGAUAGAUCACGCAUACUUCAACAUUGCAAAACUUGCCCUUGUUAUAUUCGAUGAGUGUCAUCACGCGCUUGGUGUGAAACAUCCGUAUCGUGUGAUCAUGGAUCGAAUCAUGCGAGUACCAGCAGCCGAACAACCACGGAUAUUGGGUUUGACUGCUUCACUUAUCAACGACAAAACACCACCCAAUCAGUUGGAGGCGAAGCUUUCCAAGUUGGAGUGCGUAUUGAAUAGCGCUAUAGAAACAGCCUCUGAUCUCGUGGCGAUAUCGAAGUACGGUGCAAAGCCCAAUGAAUAUGUCGUCAUUUCGUCGGACUACAAUCCACAGGAGGGCUGUGGUGGAGAAAUUCUUCAGUUACUGGAGGACUGGCGAAAAUUCUGCUCCUCGACGCAAGAGUUCGAUCCGAAUUUCGAUAUCGAUCCUCGUAAGCCUAUUCAAGAGGCGCUCAAUAGAACCCUGGCAGUACUCCGUCAGGUCGGACCUUGGGCCGCUUGGAAAGUUUCUCAAAUGUGGGAGAAGGAGCUUCAUAAACUGACGAAGCAAAGUUUUCUUCAAGAAAAGACCGUGGACUUUCUGAUUAUGGGAGAAACCUGCAUGACCACUGUCCGAAAAAUGCUGGAGCCUAAGAUGAAACCGAUCAAAAGCCUCGAAGGACUAAAGCCUUAUCUGCCAAAUAAGGUAGUGCGAUUGAUAGACAUUCUCUCGCAUUUCAAUCCAGAUAAGGGAAACGUUUCGAGCGAGAAAGAAGAGCAGCUGAGCGGUAUCAUUUUCGUCGAUCAACGCUAUGUGGCAUACACUCUUAAUGUUUUACUCAAGCAUGUGUGUCGAUGGGAAGCAGAUUUCAAAUUCAUCCAGUCUGAUUUUGUAAUUGGAUUUAGUGGUGGGAGCUUUGCGUCGGACGACAGCCAGGGAUUACAUAAACGACAGGCAGAUGUUAUUCGGCGGUUUCGACAAGGAGAGCUGAACUUAUUAGUGGCAACGAGUGUUCUGGAAGAGGGUGUCGAUGUCCGUCAUUGUAACCUGGUGAUUAAGUUUGACCGACCGAUUGACUACCGAUCCUACAUCCAGUCGAAAGGGCGAGCUCGUAAACGCGAUGGAGGAGCAAAGUACUUCAUAUUGGUUGAUAAAUCAGAUAGCACGAAAUGCUCCGAAGAUCUCCGUGAUUUUGUCAAGAUUGAGAAGAUGCUUCUGCGUCGGUGUCGCAGUGUUCACAAUCCAGGUAAUGACGGUGACAAUGAAGUUGGGAUCGCCGAAAACGUGGAUACCCUAAUACCUCCAUACGUUGUGCCAUCUACUGGUGCGCAGGUUUCCUUGUCUUCUGCGAUAGGGCUAGUGAAUAGAUACUGUGCAAAACUGCCGUCUGAUAUUUUCACUCGACUUGUACCUCAAAGUCGUUUGAAUGCUGUGAACUUUCUGGGAAAAACACUUUACAAGGCGGAGUUGUUGCUACCGAUAAAUUCACCGGUGAAGCAGCCGAUUGCGCUGGAGACGCCUUUGGAAAGUAAAAAGCUUGCGCAGAUGGCUGUGGCGCUUGAGGCAUGUCGUGUUCUACACCAAGCUGGUGAGCUUAACGACCAUUUGCUUCCAGUGGGGAGAGAAUCUAUUGCCGAAUUACUGAGCCAGCUCGAUGAAGAUCCAGACGAAUGGGCUCCUGGCAUCUCCGCUAAAGUCGCGACAGCCCUGCACGAAGCACUUCCCGUGAAAGGAGAGCCGUGCUAUAUUUAUGUCAUGGAACUAGAGUUGCUCAAAGAACCGUCACCGGAGUCAAAUCCGAAGCGACGUCGCUUUGCAAAUCCUCUAGAAUACGAGUAUUUAUUCGGAUUUUUAAGCUCAAAAAUAUUACCCAAGAUUCCGUCAUUUGCGGCGUAUCUACGUCAAGGUGAUAUGCGGGUGCACCUUGUUCGUGCUUCAACUCAGGUUACGCUAAAUAGUCAGAAUCUCACAAUGAUCAAACAUUUUCACCACUAUAUUUUCAAAAAUGUAUUGCAAUUGUGCAAGGCUAACCUGGAUUUUCAUCUCGACUCAUCCACACCUAUAAAUACGCUCAUCGUGCCUCUUCGAAGAACUGCUUCAUCAACUAAUGAUAAGUGGGAGUACAGUAUCAACAUGAAGUACGUUGAAGAAGUGGUACAGAUGAUGGGUGACACCCCAAGGAUACCCAGCGAAGAGGAGAGAAGGAAUUUUGUAUUUAGGCCUGAAGACUACAGGGAUGCCGUUGUGAUGCCGUGGUACAGAAAUAUUGAACAGCCUGUAUUUUACUAUGUUGCUGAGAUACUUGAAAACCUCACGCCGUCGUCACCGUUCCCUGAUGAAGAGUACUCUUCCUUCAACGAGUAUUUCAUCAAGAAAUACAACCUGGAGAUUUAUGAUCAGAAGCAAAAUUUACUCGACGUCGACUUUACUUCAAACCGUCUGAACCUGUUGCUGCCCCGUGCUGGAGGAGGACGACGAAAAACGGCUGCGGCUAAACCGGAAGACAACUCUGCGCUGUCUCGACAGCGUCAGAUCUAUGUUCCGGAACUCAUGGAUCGACAUCCAAUAUCGGCCACUUUGUGGAAUUUGAUAUCAGCAUUACCAAGUUUUUUCUACCGGAUUAAUCACCUCUUAUUGGCGGACGAGUUGCGUCAAAAAACCCUGGUAGAUGCUCUGGGAUAUUCCAAAGUGGGUUUUGGUUUGGUUGGGCUUUACUUUAUUUCACUCCUUGCUGUCGAUAUAAAGCCAUUUUUAUUGAAGGAGGAUGCCAUAGUCCCGGAUAAUUACGAAUGGACGCCGCUCUCCUAUCCCGCUACGUAUGAGGAAAAACAAUCGCUCAUCGUAACGAAAAUUCAACAGCUGAGGGAGCAAAAUCGCGCUACUGAAAUUGCUGCUGGGAAACUUACCAAGGAUCAAAUCGAGGCAGAGAACACCUUUGAAGUUGGAGUAUGGGAGCCAGUGGUAGUCGAGCUGAAUAACGACGAAAAUAUACCACCAGCAUCAUUUGCAGCUGGCGACUCACUUGAUACUGUUGGGUUAAUGUCUUCAUCAGUUCGAACUGGAGGUGAUUUAUCUGAUGAUGAUGAUGCUGAUGCAGUGAUGAUGUUUGAUUUUUCGAAGUAUCUCGCGGAGAAAGCUGGUGCUACGAAAUCUGAUUUCGCAGCUCCACGUCCGGAUAUUCAGCCGAUUGGUUGGGGUGGUUUUGAUGAUAGUGUACCAGAUACGCCAUUUUUGUAUUUGGACAAAAUGGAAAUGUUGGAGGAUCGUGAACGUGCACAAAAAGAGGAAAUAGUUGAUCUAAUGCAGUUUGACGAAGGAGAUGACAUGGACUGUAGCACUGCCGUUGAGUGCUGUUCAGACGAUGAGUACGCUCAGUUAGAAGAUGGUGAGCGUCAAAAGUAUGAGCGUGAUCAUUCUGUAGUUAUCAAUCGAAAGCUGUCUGAGGGAGAGAUUAUUGCCCCAGAACUGCCCAGCUGGCAGAAUCGUUUUUCGUUUGCUUCGGCGUCUCUGUCGUCGACUUGUUUGGUAUCAAAUGGCACGGUCUCGUUAGAUUAUCAUUCCGAGUCACUUCUCAAGGAAAAUCCCUACGGUGUUUCUCCUCGUUUGCUAUUGACGGCUCUCACAACAUCCAAUGCGAACGACGGCAUCAAUCUGGAACGGUUGGAAACUAUAGGAGAUUCGUUUUUGAAGUACUCGGUCACAGAUUAUCUCUACCAUUCACAUCCGGACCAGCAUGAAGGCAAAUUGUCCUUUGCUCGGAGUAAAGAAGUGUCAAAUUGCAACUUGUAUCGACUUGGUAAACGGUUGGGUAUACCGUCGUUAAUUGUUGCUUCCAAGUUUGAUGUGUACGAUUCUUGGCUUCCUCCAUGUUAUAUGCCUAACAAUGACUUCAAGGCUCCAAAUUCUGAGGAUGCUGAAGAGCGUGACAAGUUCAUCGAAGAUGUACUUGAAGGAAACGAGACAGCGCAAAAAUUGCCUAAACCAGUAACUGGUUGGGAUCAAGCAGAUUUGAACAACGAUGUGCGACAAUUGGAGAAUGGUGUAGAGACAACCAUUUUUGCCAAGCCGUCUGCUAAUGCUGCAGCGCUGGAUGAACUGCCACCAUUACCGUACAAUAUCUUUGAUCGCGCCCAUUUGUUAACUCUGGGACCUCGUCCUACACUAAAGGUUAUGAAAUGGCUUGGUCUGAAGGUACUUACGGAUGAUGUUGUAGGAGUCGACCCAUUGUUGAAAUUUGUAAACACUCCUGAGUGCCCCAAUAUGGCUGAGCGGCUAUUGCAGGAUAUGUGGCAGCAAUUUAAUUUCAGUUUGUUGGAAGAUCGAAUAGGGUAUCGAUUUAACAACAAAGCCUAUUUGAUACAAGCGUUUACACAUGCUAGUUAUUUCAAAAAUAGAAUCACGGGUUGUUAUCAGCGCUUGGAAUUCCUUGGUGAUGCUGUGCUUGAUUAUAUGAUCACGCGAUAUCUUUUCGAAGAUGAGCGUCAAUACAGCCCUGGAGUGCUGACAGAUUUGCGCUCGGCCCUCGUUAAUAAUACGAUUUUUGCCAGCCUUGCUGUGAAGUAUGAUUUCCAUAAGCACUUUAUCGCGAUGUGUCCCGGUCUUCAUCACAUGAUUGAGAAGUUUGUGAAACUUUGCAGUGAGCGCAAUUUCUUCGAUGCAAACUUCAAUUCUGAGAUGUACAUGGUGACAACUGAAGAAGAAAUUGAUGAAGGUCAGGAGGAGGAUAUUGAAGUGCCGAAAGCAAUGAGUGAUAUUUUCGAGAGCGUUGCCGGGGCUGUGUACCUUGAUGCUAAUCGUGAUUUGGAUAUCGUAUGGCGAGUGUUUUUCAAUUUGAUGAGGCAGACGAUAGAGGAAUGUUGUGCGUAUCCACCUCGAUCACCGAUUCGUGAACUCAUGGAACUCGAGCCAGGAAAGACUCGUUUCAGGUUAGCGCACAGGUUUCCGCUACGGAACUACCAAAAUGGAACGAAUAAUCGAGAGCGCGGCAAGGUUCGAGUAACGGUAGAUAUUGGAAAUAAGAUCAAAUUCACAGGAAUGGGUCGAAACUAUCGUAUAGCGAAGACGACGGCAGCAAAGAGAGCGCUCAAGUAUCUGAAGAGCUUGGAAGAGCAAAAACUACGCGAAGCUGAACGGAACGUGACCGUGACUAAUUAG